UAAAAAUUAAAUAUUCCCCAUAAAUCCCAAAGCCAAAGAAAUGCAUUUGAAAAGUUUAAAUGACGUGCACCCUGACAAUGAUUAUCAUAACUUUGCACGACAGCGAUAUGGAAGGGAAACUCCAAACUUUUUCUAACCGUACUUUCUCAUACGCCUGCCAACAGCACCAAAUUUCCAUUUGUAUAACUAACGUAUUACAAAGCAUUGAUUUCCAGGCUAUACCAAUCGAGCGAAAAUCGAGCGGACACUCAGCUGCAGCACAGACUUAGGAGCCGAAUGCCGAUUAACGCACCGAGCAAAAUGGCGGAUGACAAGGAUCCUCUGAAACAGUUAAGAGAUCUAACACAGCUCAAAAAUCAGCUGGAGGAGAUCCAGAGGCGAGUAGAGCACGAAGUAUCUGCAGGAAUUCCCCAGGGUGGUUCAGUGUUGGGAUCGCCAUUUUUGAAAGGCUUUUUGGCCGGCUAUGUGGUGGCCAGACUACGUUCAUCUGCCUUCCUGGGAGUACUGCUGGGAACAGUCACUGGCAUGUAUGCAGCGCAGAAUUAUCAAGUGCCCAAUAUUGAAAGGACCUUUAAGGAGUACAUGAACAACUUGAAGAAAGGACCAAAGUAAUCUGCGAUGACUGUUUGUCUUUCCAGUGACUUUACAGA